AGGUCCCCGUGGUGGCGCUGAGCACCUGCCCGAUCCUGCCCUGGGCCAACGCGCGCUUCGGCAACCCGGACAACCCGUCGCACGUCCCCAGCAUGCACUCGGGCUGGACGGACGUCAUGUCGCUGCCGGAGCGACUCGUCAACGCCGCCAUCGUGUACUACUCGGUCGUGAGCCAGCGCCUCAUCUACGAGCCGCUCGACCAGCGCUGGGUGGACCAGGCCUUCGGCCCGGGCGUGCCCGCCGUCCGCGACAUGGCUCUCAACACCAGCCUGCUCUUCACCAACACCUUCCACGGCCUCACCCUGCCCCGACCGCUCGCCACCAACGUCGUCGAGAUCGGCGGCAUCCACAUCAGCGAGCCCAAACCUCUUCCCAAGGUCAGCUCUAGGCCCCUUGCCUUCUCUCUCUCCCGCAGCAGCUCCCGCCAACGGUCGCUGGGCGGGACUAGGGACGGGCGGGGACGACGCCCGUCUCAAGUGGUUUCGGACACGGACGCGACGCAUGCGCCCCGUGCCCGACUCGAUAGGUAAUCUACGAGUGCCAUCAGGACGAAAAGCGAUCGUCAUCGCCCUACUCCGCCUCCGCAGCCACGCGGCGGCCACUGCGCAAAUGCGGAGUGUGCUGCUUGGGGCCCCACCCGACUACUUAAUCGACUCGACUGCUUCUUACUCAAGCAGAUUUUGAGUUUACGUUACUACUACUACAACAGCAAAGUUAGUCGUGCAAACUCACCCCCACUCUCCGUAUGUACACACUACUUUUUAUCUAGAGUCUGUACACAAUAUAGGUGAGCCACGCGCAUUGGUUGGUGGUGCCCGUUGGGUUGCCUACCCUGCCGGCGCUCUGGCCUGACCUGGCCGCCGCCGCUAUUGGGCGUCGCGUGGACGCACGUGUGUGUGCGGGUGUGAAGUCAUCGCCUCGCUAACAGCUGAUCAAAGCCCCCCACUCCACCCAACCCCUCGCUUUUAACCUUGCUCUGCACAUCGUCUGACUCCUUCCUUCCCCUCCUGCCAACCGAACCGCCGAACCGCGCGCCGAAUACCGCUGGCGUCGCUACCCAAGUACCAUG